AUGUCUACCACCGAGCAAACCUACAUCAUGGUCAAACCCGACGGUGUCCAAAGAGGACUCGUCGGUGAGAUCAUCGCCCGAUUCGAGAAGAGGGGAUUCAAGCUCGCUGCACUCAAGCUUGCUUCUCCUUCCAAGGAACACCUCGAGAAGCAUUACUCUGAUCUUUCCGACAAGCCUUUCUUCCCCAAACUCAUCAAAUACAUGCUCUCCGGUCCCGUAGUCUGCAUGGUCUGGGAAGGUCUCGAUGCCGUCAAGACCGGUCGAGUCAUGUUGGGAGCUACCAACCCUCUCGCUUCUGCCCCUGGUACCAUCCGAGGUGACUACGCCCUCCAAGUCGGCAUGAACGUCUGUCACGGUUCAGACUCCGUUGAGAACGGUCAAAAGGAAAUUGCCCUUUGGUUCCCAGAGGGUGUUGCUCAAUACAAGCUCGACGCUCAAACUUGGAUCUACGAGGCCUAA